AUCUCAUUGAACAGUAUCUGUGUCUAGGUACUGACUGUACUGGCUUGUUCAUAACACUACCAGUUUGUCAUGACAAGUGUCCUGUAUAGUGUUCAUCCAGUUCAAAGUUUCCUUUUUCUUAGAUAUUUCCUGCAUUUGGUGUCAUUUAUGUCUGGUUCACUUCAAUUUUACUGAAAUACUUUUCAUUUGUUUUGUGUGUAAUGUUAAACAGGGAAUGGGUUUAUUAUGUAAAACUUCAAUUUUUAAAUUAAAAACGAUGGUAUAGCAUGAACUUGCUAGCAAUUAGAGGUGGGUUGUUACAGCAAUUUUCGGUAUUUGUUCCAACCUGAUACUGAUACAGUAAUGUACCUAGUUACAAGUAUCUGAUACUUUUGUAUCAGAGCUUUAGCGGUCCCAGGAAGCGACAAGGUAUCAGCAUUCUCGUUACAGGGUACACAUCCUCCGUGCCGUCAUCACCAGCGUAAAAAGGUAUCGGUGUCUCUGAUACAUUAUUUAUCACGCCCGGUAAUUCUCUACCUCUGUUACUCUCAUGCCCGCCUGAUACAGCCAGUAUCAAUCAUUUUAAUAUUCACUGCAGUUCGUCCUGGCCAUGUAUUAAUUACCACCAUGUACAUUGUUGCGGGCAGUCAUGCUUUGUAGUUAGUAUCUUUAUAGUGAAAUAAGGAAUGGAUAAGUGCAGGAAAAAGACUUCAUUUGUGUGGAAUUUUUUUACGGAAAAUAAUGAGUUUGCUAAUUGUAAUUUGUGUAAACAAAAACUGAGUUAUAAAUCAUCAUCAACUAAUCUGAAGAAACAUUUGAAACGUAAACAUUGAUAUAGCAUGCUCACUAAUGUACGUAUCUGUUUUUUUUUAAUUUUUGAUAAAAUCGUAUUUUUUUAAUGUAUGAAAACACUAGUUACUAAUUGUUUUCGGAAAAAAAAAGUCCUAAUGUUGAUUACAUCUGUUAUUAGUGUCAACUGUGAAUUUAUUUGCAUUUUCAUAGCUGUUAGGUGCACAAAUAUAAAUAUUAUAUCUUGUAUUAAUGUACUUUUUAAUAUUAAAAUUUUAUUAUUUUUAUGAUUGAACGAGACUGUGCACGCACUGCGCACUGAGCAUAAUUUGAUGUGGGAAAAUAACCAAACGACUCGUAACAAUUUCGCUUUGCGCCUCUCCUUCAACGCCUUCCCCUGCGCUUCCUCCCCUACAUUAUUUCCCUUCUUUAUCCCUUAUUCGUCGUUCCUGCUCCCUCCCCUUUCACAAGCUCCGCCCAAGUGACCGUCAUCUGCGAUCGGGUACUGCGCUCAUUGGCCGUGGUGUUGUUCCAGGUGAAUUCUGAACUGAUACUAAAGUUCUUGAUACUUUUCAAGUGUACUCGUUUGCCAUUCCGGAUACAGGCGUGUAUCAGUGCCAAAGUAUCAUGUUGAUACUUUUCGACCCACCUCUACUAGCAAUGAUUAUUGUAUUUCAAUAUCUGUAGUUGGUAACAAAUGCUAGUCAUUUGAAUUUAAAUUGCAUAUGCUAAUAAAUUUGUGUGAGUUGUCAUUCACAGCUGGUAUCAUGUAGAUUAAAAUUUUUGUGUUUCAUUUUUGUAAGCUACGCAGCUAAUUUCAGUAGUAAAUAUUUUCAGUUUUAGCAGCGAUACUGUGGUUUUAAAAGUAGUCAAAUCUCAUUUCUAUUUCUUUGAAUGUUGUCCUUCAGUUCUUAGUGGAAGAAUCAGAAUUGGAUCAUCUGAAUCUUUCAUUCAUUGUCAUGUAGAAAAACUGUCAUGGUUUCUUGCAUACACUCCUGACUGUUCACCAGACAUCAGUCUUGUUUUACGAGUCAGCUUUCACUACACCACACUGACGGUGAUUCUAGUUGGCCAAAGCGUGAGUGGAUACACGGGAGAAAGUUGUGCUUACAUUCUUCCUGUUUUGUGAGAAUGGAUGUGUGUUUUGUCAAACAUACACCUUAGUCUAUCAAGUGAAUGUUGUGUCAAGUAUUUUUACCAACAUUCCUGGGCAAAAGAAAAAAGUUAAUUGUUUGAAUAACUGUAUACCUCUACCUCGAAAUUAUAGACUGAAGUUUAUUCUUGUUUAUUAGUUCACCCUUUUGCUAACAUUAUACAGUUUGUUUGUUUGUAGCAUUUAUCGUGCAAUAGUAUUGUAUAUGUCAAAACAUUGAACUGUACUUAAUUUUGCCCACCAAUAUGUAUUAGGGUUUAGUGAAGUAACUGUCAGGUGUACCUCGCUUGUUUUUGAAGAUCUAAGUGCAAUGAACGCUUCCCGAAUCUCGGUGCGGAAUCUGGCAUCUUAGUCAGCACACAACAUCAGUUUCCACCUUGCGUGCUUGGUUUGCUAAAGCGACACUUGCAGUGACGUGCAGUGUGACCCGUGACGUCACAGUCGCCUGAAGGUCCCGUGAGCAUCUCGUGUUGUUCAUUCUGACAUAUUUUUACACAAUGUCUUUGCGACAUGUAGUCGGUUACAACACGUUAGGUCCAAAAUAAACUACGCAAGGAUACGCUGUGAUGAUGGCGUAGUUUCUCUGCUUGGAGAGGCCCGCCUAGUCUGGACUGUGUCUGUACUGGUGAGCUGGGACAUGAGUGUGACGCUCGCUGGUGCUUCUAGCACGGUAUAGCCUCUAGGCAAGGCUCUGAACUAGCGCCUAUUCUUCUCGUUGAGAUUUCAGUGGUAGUCGUUACAUUAUAUGGUGGAUGUAUUAAGAUAAAAGUAUAAUGCAAGGCCUUUGAGUGCUUUCAGAAUCCGUACAGGAUGUUUCUUAUGUAAAAAGUAUCCUGAAAACAUACAUUUUAGCCAUUUUCACUCAUUAAAAAUACAGUUUUAAAAAAAAUUCAUAACCACUCGUCUGCCCUCAUCAUAUUUUUAAAGCUUUUACCACACACACACAUCUUGAGCAGUUUUUCAAAUUGCAUGGUUUCUUCUGAAGCUCUGCGCACCUUGUGUGUGCCCAGGUAGGAGGGGCUUAACACAAGACAUGUAAUGGCGACCAUACCAUUCUCUACUUAUAAGUUUUGCUGUAUGUGGAGAUUGCCUUUACAUUUAUGGCCAAAAGGGGGUGGUUUAUUUUAUAUAUAUAUAUAUAUAUAUAUAUAUAUAUACAUACACACACACACACACACACACACACACACACACAUAUAUACACACACAAAUAUAUGUAUGUACAUUAAGCAAUGGUAAUGGGGCCUGACAAAGUGAUUUGCUCCUGGGCCCUGUUGGUCCCACUUCAUUACCAAGGUUUCUCUUUGAUGUACAACACUAAUCUCCAAAUUAAAUCAAAGUUUUUUAGUCACACUGUAGUCUGUUUGCUAUUAAACCAAAUUUUUUACACCUAUUGGUGGAAAUGUUAAGUUGCAAGUACAUAUGGCUAAAUUUGAGUACCGCUGUGUUUGAGUGGGACUUUCGUAGAUAAUGGUAAUUCUAUGUGGUUUAGGAAGAAGUCAGAGUGUGACUUAAAUCGAGUAGAGUACAUAUGUGUCUAAAGUUAAGUUAAAGAAGAAUGUUUUAUUAAAAUAAGUGCAUAUUGAUGCAUUCUCGUGAACAGAGAACUAACUUACUCUAUAAUGAUACUGAUAACUUGUAUAAAGAUAGAAGGGUUAUUUUCUUGUGAUAUGUUUGCAUUGUUAAUGGUUUGUGAAGGGUGUAUCAUUCAGUAAGGUUAAGACUUAAGAUUUCUAAAAAGACAUAUCUUCACUUUUUUACUAGUGAUAAUUUAAUAACAGGAUGAAAUUCUUUUGAAAAGCACAUUUGAGAAAUAACUGAAGGUCUGUAUUGUAGCUUAGUGAAUAGAAUAAUGUUAACAGAUGUGAUAGGUAUUAGGUUUGCCACAAGUCCCACCAGGCAGUGGUGUGCUGUGAUUUAUACCAAAGAUUUGGUGAGAUGACAGUUGCAUUGCAGUGUUGUUAACCCAGUCGUAUUCUGUGUGUUUGAAUGAACUGUAGCAUGUUUUAUAUAUUUGUUGUGUGUUUUAUACAUUUGAGUUAUGCUGUGGUUACUAACUGUUAGUUUAUCAGUGGUUUUACUGUCAAUAAAGCUUAUAUGGGCAGUGUUUGUAUUAUUUAUCUUACCUGUAGAAUGCAGCCUAGAUGACAAGCAGUGGGAAGUCUCAUGAUAGUUAUAACAUUUUAAUCAUCUUUUCACAUUUUUAAUUGAUUGCAAAUGUAAGGAAUUAAAACAUUUUUUGAACAUGUAAAGUAAACACUAUAUAAUAUAUUUUUUUUUUUUGCAUGAGAGCUAACAAAUACAUAUUUCUCAUGUCAGGAAACCUAUUAAAGUGAUUUUGCUCUGUCUUGUGUUAUAGAUGUGUUGAACAUUGUAGUUCGUAAAGCGUAGGAACUGCUUGUAUUCGCCGAGGUGUAGCUUGUGUCUAUCCGCCUGAUGGGAGUGGUCGACGGAGGUGUGUUGCAUGGUCGCUGUAAGAGGCUGCAAGUCUCGCCUCGCUCCCCGAGAAGGGAACUAGAAGCACGUGCAGGCACACUUGUACCAACUGUCUGGCUGAUGUCUUCCUUCCUUCCUCCCUUGUGUUUCGGUGCGUACUCAGGGUGUUGUGCUUCAUCUGCCUCUGCAGUUACAGAGCUUGUUUGUGAUUCAUUUAAGUAGGUUUUUAUGGAAGAUUGGUUAUUCGUGUUGACCAAAGUGAAAAUAUAGACAUUACUGUAUUUUAGUUGUUUCUAUAUUUGAAUGUUUUGUAGUAUAGAAAAUAUAUAAUCCAUGGUGACGAGAGGAGUAAAAAUAGUUUUAGACGAUUAAAUCGUUUGAUGUAGCUCUUAUGCCAUGUUUGGAACAUUAUGAACCUCAGUAUUAUGCAAGGUGGUUGCGUAGUCUCAGUGGUUGUGAUGUGGUGCACCACACCAUGGAGGGCUUCACAUGAGUUGCCAAGCUUGGCAGAAACUCCGGCAUGCGGAAGUUGUUUCGAGGUACAGAUACUGUUGUUGGGCGUUAGUCUUGUCUUCCUCGUUCCUUUGCUUGCUUUCUGUACGUCCUUGUUCAUCAUUGUGGCAAAGAAAGUAUCACUCAACAGCACCUGAGAACUUAUUUUAUCUCGUUAUUUGUUUUGGCAUUUCCAAUUUCAGUGGAUUAUAAAAAAGGUUUUAAACAUAGCAAGACGCAGUGAUGUGGUAGUCGCUCAGCUACUCCAGCCGGGGGCCUGGGGCGUGGCCCCACGCCUGCCUCUCAGGUUCACUUGUGUAAACACAGGCAUGUCUUCAUGUUAUCAGCGGCAACUACUCGCGACGACCGGCAACGAGCAUGGGCAUCCUGAGGUGACGCGGCACUCUUCCAGGAUUACGCGCGGCACGAGAUAAGAGAUUACGGAUGGUCGCGAGGCUAAUCUCCUGUUAAGACCAGGCUGUCGUAGCCUGUGGCGGCUAGAUGACAAACACCUGUCACUCUGCUCUCUGAUAUGUACCGGGGUCUCGCUGGAGCAGUGUUGUGCACAGGAGUAACCCUUUCCUCGGGAGUUCAGCUGGGGAAGUGUGGCUGGAGCCACAAGUACUGUCUCCGUGAGACGCAAACACACACAACAGAUAACAGUUGUUUACACACAGCUCAAGGUGUUGUGAGAACAAUACUGAAGGUGGGCACCUUCCAGUCUAAAUGUAUUUGUGAUAUUGUGAUUGUAGAGUUUGGUAAUGGGCACUCCAAUGCAUUCACCAACGUCGUGGUCGUGGCUUGUAUCUGUAUUGAAGUCGGUUCCUCUGCUUCUGGUGCAGCAAAGCCCACCUGCGUAGGCAUCGCAGCACACUCUUGUCAACGAUUCUUAUUCCGAUUGUCAGAAGUUCUUUCAAGUUGUGUUCUCUCCAAGCGAGCUGUGCAGAAUGUAACCCUACCCUACCAUUAGGCUUUCUUUCCAAAACUGUUCAAGUUAAAAAUGUCCGUAUGACAAGCCAUCCUCAUCGUGCUUAGUUUCCCAAUGACAGUCUGGCUCGUGUGUCGCCACCUCCAGAUGUGUGGGUUGGUCGCUCGUGCAUGUAGUGUUUUAUUGCCUCUUAAAGCGAGCACGCGGCAUAAUGGCCUUGUUGGUUCGGCUCGCCAACACGACCGGGCCAAGCACGCCAGCAGAAUAUGAAUGCAGAGAAGACUUGACCAACCGUCUACUGCUACGUUUACACGCCAAGUAAGCGCAGUACCAACAGCACCGUGCACAUUCAAAACUUCUCUCACGGUGAACCCAAGCAUCAGCCGGGCUGCCAGUCCCUCGUGGUGCCCCUGCCUGGAAGACAACCACCCACGCAGCAGACAGCUCGUGCACGCCGUGUGUCGCACCAGGUCAGCGAGGCGCGCAGCCAGCUGCUUGGGCGAAGGGGCGAUGCUGUCCAAGUACCUGCAGCGAGGCAGCUCGCCCAUCGACUGGUGCGAGAGCAACUACUCCUACUCCAGCGUCAUCGCGGAGUUCGGCAACACGGUGAGCAACCUGGUGUUCCUCGUCCUGCCGCCGCUACUGGCCGUGCUGCACCGCGCCUACGCCUCCAAGGUGCAGCCAGGCAUACGCCUGCUGUGGCUGCUCUUCGUGGUGGUGGGCCUGAGCUCCGCCUACUUCCACGCCACCCUCAGCCUCGUGGGCCAGCUGCUGGACGAGCUGUCCAUCCUGUGGCUGCUCACGGUCGCCGUCUGCAUGUUCUACCCGCGCCGCUUCUUCCCGCGCUUCGCCCGCGGGGACAGGUCCGUGCCUCGCCCCCGCCGUGCCGUGACGUGCCGGGCCGUGUUCGGGCUGGCGGCGGUGGGCGGGGGCCUCGUCUUCACCGGCCUCGGCAUGGUGAGGCCCGUCGUCAACGCGCUGGCGCUCAUGCUGCUGGGCGUGUGCGUCGUACUUCUGCUCGUCGUCGAGCUGCGCAGGUUGCGAGGGCGUGUCUACAGACUGGGAGUGCGCUCGGUGGUGGCAUGGCUGCUGGCCGUGGCCUGCUGGAUCGCCGACUACGCGCUCUGCGACACCCUGCGCGCCAUCAACCUCACGUUCCUGCACGCCGUCUUCCACCUGCUGAGCUUCAUGGCAGCCUACACCAUCGUCGUCGUCUUCUCCCACCAGUACGUGGCGGCGGAGAGGUGUGACCUGCGGCCCAGCCUCUCCUACUGGCCGCGCGACAACUGCGAGCUGGGGGUGCCCUACGUGGUGGUGCGUCCCGGCCGGUCCCAGUGA